AGUACUACACUUAAUGCGUUAGUUUGAAGUUUAACCAGAGGUGACUUUCGGUUUACCUUCUGUCUAUCAAACCGUCUGUCUUCUGUCCGUCCACAAAACUGAAUCCCAUGAUGAUGCAAAAAAACUUAGAAGGUGACGACCAUAAAUCAAUAAGACCAGAGUUGCUGUAUGUACGUGGGAGAAUGUUUAAACAAAAAUUAAACAUUGAUCAGGUAAAGUUAGCAAAAUGGUUCUCCCCCUAUGGAAAUGUGGAUGUGAAAGCAUAUGGCCAAAAUAAAGCAUUGGUUGCUACAUCAAACCACUACUGUGCCAAAGAUAUUUUACGAGCAUUUAAACAGCACAACACAAUCUAUGUGACAUAUUAUAGUGUAUGGAAACACUCACCUAUUGCCAGGGGACUUUUGUGGACAGGGGUUUUGCUAUCAGGAAGUGCUUGUGUUGUUGCCUUAUUGACUGGUGAUAAAAAAACAUGACCCAAAAGAGACUUGACUAAAGGAAAAGACUUGAAGUCAAAUAAAAGAUGUGAAAUUGACAGAAAAGAUGGAAUUAACAUAAAAAAGACUUAAGUUUACCAAAAAAAUGAAAAAGCUGGAGAUUUUCUGACAGUCAUACAACUACUACUAAAUUGAUGGUGAAUCUUGCGUGGCAGGAUUGGGAAAUUACAAUUACUGUUGGAAAUCUUGUAGAUGAUUUUAUGGAAAAAAAACAAGAUGUCAGCAUUGAAAAAUUGAAAUGUCAUUUUAUAUCUCAACCACUUCGGGAUAGGGGCAGUCAUGUAGAAUUUUCAUUGUCCGUUUUUCAUACUGUCCUGUUGUACGUCAAGAUUGACAAAGCAGUGAAAUGUUGCGGCAUCUGUGUCCCAUGGACACAUUUCUUAUUAUUACAAUAAAUGUAUUCGGAAAAAUUCAAAACUGAAAUAUGAAUCAGCAUGAGUUUAAAUCAGUAAAUUAUUUGAUUGCUUUAGGAACUGGCAUAUUGUAGCUUAGUUUGUCACACAAGGAUAAAUAAAUUUAUUUGCAGUGUAUAAAGCCAUUAUAGCAGGCUUUGAUUAAUAAAAUAUGUUGAUCAAAUCAUUGAAAUGAAGAAAUUUGUUAUUAACUUCUUGUUGUUACCGGUUUUUAGAAAUUUUAUUUUCUUCUUUUUUGAAUAAAAUUCAAUUUCUCUUUUA